AUGGCAGAAGAAUGUUGUUUUGAUUGUUAACCAACAAUCAAUUCUGAUGAAGAUGAGAAGAUGAUUGAUGUGCUGACAUUUCCUACUAACUUUUUUGGAUUUAGUGAAGCCAGUACUCAAUCACCCUCAAACUCAGAAUAAGCUAAUUGUCCUAUUACAUCACCAAGAUAUAAAUUCAUGGGUCGAUAUUACAGCGCAGAAUCUCAAGAACAGAAUGAUUAAAUAAGAACUUUUAAAGAUCAAAAACCACUUUAAACUGACUAAAAAACAACCAGUUAAGUUAAUAAGUGUUCUAACCUUGACAAUUUAUCAAAUAAAAAAAAAUAUUAGAAACAGUAAUAUUUUUUCCAGAAAAAAAAAAAUUCUGAUCGUUUCAAUCAAAGAAUUUGUUAAGAAAAACCAGAAAAUAAGGGGAAAGAUAGAUAAAGACUAUCUUUGUCAACUAGAUCCAAUAAUUUAAAUGAAAGCAAACUGAUUUCCAAUAGAUUAAAUAGUGUUAUAAAGGUUAGUUGUUUAAAAGGAACUAUGAGUGAAGAUAUAAAAAUUCGACAACAAAAUAAUUUUGAUAUAUUCUCCGGAAGAGCUUCAAAUAAAAAUGUUUGUUUCUAAUUUACUAUGGAAUAAAUUAAAUCCAUGAGAAAAAACAAUAAAUUAAAUAUAUUCAGUACAUCCAAUGGAAAACUUUUUCUUAUUUGA